AUGGCGUCAGAGCAUGACUUCAAGCCCGCAAAUCGAGUUCGUACAUACAGUUUUGACUUGUCGUCGCGUGACGUUGGACCAGACGAAAAGCGUAAUGCCGUCUACAAGGCGAUGCUGAAGCACCACGAACACGCUAUUGAAAGCAGCGACGAUGAGAAGGACGAGGGUGGAAUUCCUGCUUGGGUUGCUAUGCGACGUGCAACCUACGCAAAGAGAAUGGACGGCCAGGGCCAAGACUUGUCGGGACAACUUCUGGGUUCUGUUCCAUCCUCCCAGAACGUUACCGUCCGCAGAGAUCCUGUCAUCGAGAGCAACCACCAAGACGCUACAGCCAACGAUGAGAACGACAGCGAGAGCAGCGGAGAUCGAAUGCCUACGCCUACUGAAACCGAAUUCCAACCAUCUUCAAAUCCAGAGUACGAGAACCCAUCUAUCCCACAAUACCCUCCCGAUCCCAGUCCGCGCGAAGCCUCCAGCUCCGGGCCACCUAGCUCCGACAGCUACUAUGAACAUCAUUCUGGCAAUUGCAAGGUGAUACGUGGUGGAUUCGCUCAUUCCCAAGAGAAUGUCCGUCCCAAAGUCUUGUCCGAACCAUUUAGAACCUUUCCUCCUCUCUCGAAUCGCGGCUACAUGCUUACAUCCACUGGCCAUGAUCCCAAAUUCGCGCAUAGAAUAGAGCAAGCAAACUCCACAAUGAUACCUCGAAGUUGCAUUAAGGUGAUUCUUGGAAAUACAGCGCCUCAGCCUCUGCUACAACCGCCAAAAUGGCAUAUUGAGGACGCUAAGAACGCAGAUGACUGGGUUGAUUCAGAUAGUACUGACUCGGAAGCAAGUGAUACGGGAGGUCUUCGAAAAUUCUACUCGCCUUACACCAUUUUUAUGUUCUGCAGAAAGUGCGGUAAACGCCACAUCCCCCCUGAAUCUCACUUGUCUCUGAAAGAUCGCGAUCGUUGUGGUGCAUAUCUACCUGAUUGGUUCCCAGCUGAAAAUUUCGAAUUUCCUUGGGUUACAUUCACCGAUCUGAAUAAUGAGAUUCACAGAUUGGAGAGCCUGGAGAGAGGCUAUACUACGUUGCCGAAGGUCUGGGACAAGGUACAUCACGAGGAGCACCCCGUUUGGAAGGCACUGGGCCACCGAGGUGGAGGAUGGUGGCGAUGCCGAACUGGCCCAAAUGCUCCUCGAGCAGAGCGAAAUUGCCAGGAGUGCCAUGUUACGUAUCCUCCCGAGGUGGAGCGCCCCAACACUGAGACGAUGGAAGCGGCCAUGAGGACCUUAGGGCAGCUACGAUGCUUCAUUAGAGGGCUCGUGGCUCGAGUUGGCCAGCAAGACAAAGAAAUCGCCCUGGAAAUGGUCAGAGAGACCAUGAUGAAGCCAAGCACCGUGCCUCUUCCAACUGAAUUCCGUACCUUCUGCAACGGACGACCUGGCCACAAUAAUACAGAGGGCGAGGAUGAAGAAUCACACGGCAAGACUCAAGAGAGAAUGACCCUCGAAGCCAUGUGGGAGCACCAAGGACCAGUAUCAACACUUGAUCUUUCCCAUAUCUCAGCCCAAUCCACUUCCACCCUCUUCGGUCAUGUGGAAGCAGAGGAAGAGGACGAUGAGGACUUGGGCUUGACAAUGAAGUCUCCCUCUCGUCGUUGCCGACCUACUCCCCUGACUCUGCAUCGCCAAAAUAGCAGCCUCGGCGCCAACUUCUUUUCGUCCCUUAUUAGUCCUCUGCAAUCUCCAAGCACUCCUGCAAUUCAGGAAGAGGUAUUCGCUAAUCCAGAGGAUUGA